UUUGAUCCUUCCGAACAAUGGAAAGAAAAUUUCAUUUCCUAAACAACCUGUUAAGUUACAGGUCAACUUGUGAGAAACUCAUUGUUCAGUUUAUUGCAAUUCUUACUUGUACUGCCUGUAAACAUUAUACGCGAUAUUAUAUAGUAGCGGCGAUCGAAAGCCGUAAAAAAUUACAUCGGUUCUUUAAAAUACUGCAGCAGUUACGAAAGAACACAUUAAAAUGGUUUUGUGAUUCGUUUGAUGUGGGUUUUUUUUACUGGAGCAUGCGAUGAGCGAUGUGGAAUAAAUCUGUCCUGAGUGAAUUUAUACGAGUUCUUGCUGGUCCCUGGUUUGACAAUUAAUGAUUCAAAAUGGCCGAACGCGUUGAGGUUUCUUGUUAGUCUGUUGUAUCAAUGCAGAGCUGUUGUGUGGCAUUUCCUCUACUAUUACUAGUGGCUACAACGUGGGCAGGAGAACUACGAUGUCUACGACCUGGAGCUCCAGUGAUAAGUUUAUACAAAGACGGUCGUUAUUUUCCUGGUAAUUUGGAUGGCCUCGGGGAGAGUAUCGACGUCACUUUUCAAAAUGGCCAACAGCAAUCGUACAGUUCCUUUACGAAUGAUGUCAUCGUUGACGAUGUGCCGGAUCCCAAGGAACUUGAAGGCGGAUCGCGCGUUUUAGCAAGACGGCCGAGUUCGAUCUCGUUUGAACCAGGUUUUGUCAACGGCAGUAUUAAAGGGUUGCCGCUUAAUGAUACGUAUCUGGUUAAUUUUGAUAAUGGCGACAGUAUCGCAAGGAAUAUACAAGAUAUAAGACUCGCUGUGAAACCACGAUCGUGCAUGAACGAAAAAGGCAUUUACAUCGGUUGCUUUGAAAACGUUGUCAAUAAUUUUUUGACUAACUACUACCCAGUGAAUCCUACGGACGUUGCCACGUGCAACUGGGCAUGCUUUACGCGUGGUUUUCGCUUUGCCGGAUUACAAAAUGGCACGUGGUGCUUUUGUGGCAACCACGUGAACGAUACAUUGAAGGUCGACGAUAACGAGUGCAAUAUUGCUUGCCGGGAUAGUCGCGAAGAUGUCUGUGGUGGAUACCAUAGGAUGACUGUGUAUUGGACAGGUGCGGAAUAUGAAAACAACACAGAUGAUUUUGGUGAUUUUCCAGAUAGUAAAAGCCCUCUGACUUCUGAAGAUGAUCUGUUGAAGGCGGAAUCCCCCACUGAGAGCGCAUGUGCAGAUCUUUACGACAGCACGCAAUGCAAUACUUGGGCUGUUCAAUCAAGAUGCAUCGAGAAUCCUGAUUGGAUGAUUGCAAACUGCAAGAAGAGUUGUUAUGCCUGCGGAUACAAUGAUCACAGAGAAGAUAAAUCUGAUUCUGCUCCUCCGACAUACACUUCAGACGCAUCCAGUCAUACUCCGACUCAAGACAACGCGUAUCAAUCCUCGGCACCAAGCAGUUCGGCGAAAGAUUCCGAUCAUCCAGUAUUGGACAAUAAGAGUAAUACACCUGGCUAUCUCGGCUGUUUUCGGGACUCUGCAAGUUCUCACGAUCUCGAGUACUUGGCCGACAUCAGACCACUGUCGAUUCGCGCAUGCGUGACUAAAUGUAAAUCGCUGAGAUUCCCCUACGCUGGUGCCCAGUCUUCUUCGUCUUGUUACUGUGGCCUGCACUACGGUAAAUAUGGUCAGUUGGAACACGAGGACUGUAAUACGCCAUGUGAAGGUGAUUCAUCAGAGAUGUGUGGUGGUAUUUAUAAGAAUUCCUUGUAUAACACAGGUUUUCCAACGAAAUUUAAAUUAGAAAAAGAUGCCGCAAGUAAUCUACCAACAAAGAAUCCCCCUACGUCACCAUAUUCUGGAAGCAAUACGGCCAACACCAGACCUUACCAGGCCAAUCCUUCCUCGUACUACGCCCCUCAAUACCAGCAACCCGCAUACCCGCAACAAAGAGCCGCUUAUACGCCACCCGUUUACCGUCCGCCUGCAUCGCCUUACACUCAGGCAACAAUGCCCGGGCAACCAGGAUACCCGCAAACCUCAAACACCCCAUCAAACGUUAACGGGUACCAGCCUGCGUACGCUUACAAUACUCAGGCAAGCACGGGGUACAGUAAUCAGGCGAGUAACUCGGGUUUGCCUGGAGCUACAAAUGCCUAUACCAGGGAUUAUUCCCCGGCUGACUCAAGUUCAUAUAGGUGGAGAGAGACCUAUGUCAAACUUCGACAGCAGGAACAAGCUCGCUAUUCUAAACCAAAUUUAAAAAAUCUCAGAAGGCUUCAGAAAUCGGAAAACAGUCAGCGAAAAAAUCACGGAAUUUCUGAUCACGAAAAACACAAAAAAGGUUCAUCAAAUUUUAAAGCUUUCGAGAAUAACGAAAGGGCCAGCAGUGUAUCUCAAGCACUAUACGUACAACUGAUGUCCCAAAUGAAGAAGAAGUCUCACGGGAGAAACUCUGGUGGAAAUUCAAAUAUUCUUGGAAAGGGUGCUAAACCACAGCACCAUAAAUUUGAAAAACCAGGUGUUUUCCUGAGAAAGAAGGCUUCCAAGAAGAACAGUUUUCUGGCGUUUCUGCCUCACGAAGUCACCGAAAACGAAUCGCUUUUGCAGAAUGUUUAUAACAUGCUUUCGGUGAUGCUGAAGAAUCUCAGAAAACACAAAAAAAGUUCCUUGAAGAAUCUUAAGAAGUACUUGAAUUUCUCGAAGAGCAACGCGCAAAAUUCCGAAUUUUCCAAAAAAGUAUCGUUACACACUGGGGAACAUAAGAAAUCGUUGGAUCGUGCAAAAAAUCCAGCCGCUGAACAGAAAGUUGAGGACUCGACCCAAUCGCAAACAUCGAAGACUCGUGAACUGAGUAUGCGCGGCAAGGCACAGGAGACUAUUUCGUCACAUAUCAAGAACAUGGCAAAAAACAAUCCUUUAAAAGGACAAAAGCAACUAAGCAAACUAGAGAAGGGCAUUCCGAAUUCGGGUGGGCAGAUGCCGACCGGUCAAACGAUGAGGUCUAGAUCACGUGACCCCCAGGUGAAGACGUACGCAUCACGUGUUAAUACUAGCCAAUCAAUGAGACCCAGUAAGAAUUAUGCAUCGAUCGUAAACACGGCUCAGCCACAUCGUAAAGAUGGUAACAAAUUGAAUCAACCGAGCGAGAACGUAUCGAGAACACCAUCUCAAGUGGAGAGCAAACCGCCGCCGUCGUCAUGGCAAACCCAGAAUCACGCCAUGCCAUCGGGUGUCAAUCGUAAUGUGUCGGAGGUGAUUUCAAGAAAUGAGAGCCAAGCAAAGUCAGGGGUCGGUGCUGAAGGUAAAUUGGAAGAUCAAAAAGUGUCAAAGCAUGUUUCGGGAGUUCAAGAAAUUACAAACUCGUACAACUUUCCGAAAGUUGGAAGUAAUUUCCAACAUGUUUCUAAACAAGGUGGCAGCUUCGAGAAGGAUUCGUCAACGGAGAAUGCUGGCCAGGAAAAAAAGUUGGUGAAAGAUGUUUCACCGAAAUAUACAAAAAAUGUGAAAGAAACUUCGAAGAAAGAAAAAUCAAAGACCUCUAAGACGAAAAGCAAAACAAAACUUAAAGCGAACUCGACCAUAACAAGCAGUCACACGGCUAACGACACCAUGGAAGGGAAAAGUGACGAAUUUAUAAUUUCAACAAUUGUUAAUAUGAUUGAAAAGGAAAAGGCAGCGAGAAAUCACUCCAGUGAAAGAGAGAAGAACGAUGGUAAAACAGGACAUGGAAACACGGGCGGGAAACGAAAGCACAAAAGGCAGAGCAAGUCGAUAAAACAUGAGAAGGUCAAGAAGAAAAAGCGUAAUAAAUUGAAGCAUUCCAAGCACAAAAAUGUAAGUGACACGAAACGAAUUUAUAAAAAAGACCAUGUAGAACGAGCUAUGGAUGAACAAAAAGAAAAUGAUGAUGAUGAUAAUUUAAUGGUGGAAGAUGAAGAUUUUCAUAAGGAAAAUAAAAUAGAUGAGUAAGUUGAACAAAUGAAUAUACAAGUGAAUAAAUGAACGCGAACAGACGCAAGGAUUUGAAGUCGUAUGUUCUUGAAUGUUAGCUCUAACGAGAUGAUCAACGAUUGUUGUAUCAUGGUAAAAGAUUUUAUAACAUAGCGCCUGGUUUGUUGCUUUUAAUCUAAUGUAUUUAUAUCUGAGAAUAUAUUUAUUAUAAAGUUUA